AUGGACGGUAGUGAAGCACAAAUAUCAUAUCAAAUAGAUUCUCAAACAACAUCAUCGGUAAUGGCAAAUGUCGAUACACAACGUCCAAUGUAUACAGUACCUGGUAUACUUCAUUUUCUUCAACAUGAAUGGACGAGAUUUGAAAUUGAACGACAACAAUGGGAAACAGAACGUGCAGAAUUUCAAGCACGUAUCGCUUUUCUUCAAGGUGAAAGACAAGGACAAGAAAAUCUAAAAAGUGCACUUGUUAGACGUAUUAAAAUGCUUGAAUAUGCAUUAAAACAAGAAAGAUUAAAAUUCAAUAAAUUAAAAUAUGGAAGUGAAAAUGUUCCAUUAGAAGAUCAAAAACCAACAUCAAAUGAAGCACAAAAUUUUGAUGAUGAUGAAAAUAAAGAAGAUCCUAAUUUAGGUUUUGGUGAUAAUAGUGUUUCAUUUAAACAAGGUCGUCAAUUACUUCGACAAUAUUUAAAAGAAAUUGGUUAUGUUGAUACAAUAAUUGAUAUACGUUCAACAGCUGUUAAAAAAUUACUUGGUAUUAAAAGUGAAACUAAUUUCAAUGGAAAUAAUAAUAAUAAUAAUAAUAUCAGUUUAAAUGGUGAUUUUAAAUCAACAAAUGAAUCAAAACGAAUCAUUCCAAAUAUUGUUAAAAAUGCAACAAGUGAUUUAAGUAAAUCAGUUCUUGCAUCACUUGUCUUUCUUAAAGAAGAUCAACCUGAUGAAGAUUCAAGUGACGAUGAUAUUGACGCUAGUCGUAUAAUGGUUAAACCAAGUGAUGUUAAUACAACGAAUCAUAAUACAGGUCUUGAUACACUCAAUGAUCUUGAUAGUGAAGAAGUAGCUUUACAUGAAUUUGAUUUUCUUACUGGAGAUGCUGCCACAUCAGGAAAUAUAAAUCAAAUGAAAUCAAAUGAAACAAAUAGUGAUGAUUGGGAUGUUGAUCAAUCUCGAUUAAAUCGUCUUAAAGAAGAAUAUAAACGUGAUCGUCAUGGUAAACAACAUCAACAUCAUACAACAAAUUCAUCAUCAAUUCGAAAUAAUUUACUUGAUAAUGGAAAUGAUGAUACAUCUUCUGAUCAACGAACAUUUUCAACAGAUGAACAAAUCAAUCGCGAAAUGGUUGAUACAAUGAUGUUUCGAAAUAGUAAAAAUUUUAUGGGAGAUACUGCUAUGGAUAGUCUUGAUGAAUUAGCACGAGUUACAGUUUUAAAUGACAAUGAACCUCAAGAUGAUACUACAACAACAGAUUCAUCUGAUUUUCGAAAGAUAUGGAAUGUUAAAUAUGUUUUACGAAGUCAUUUGGAUGGUAUACGUUGUGUUACAUUUCAUCCAGUUGAAUCAGUUGUUAUAACUGGAUCUGAAGAUCGUACACUUAAAUUAUGGAAUCUCGAAAAAUCAGCUGUUUUAAGAAAAUCAGCAUCGACAACACAAGAUCUUGAACCAAUCUAUACAUUUCGACGGCAUACCGGUCCCGUCUUAUGCGUGGCAAUGAAUCCGUCCGGAGAACAGUGUUAUAGUGGUGGUCUUGAUUCAAUUAUAUCUGUAUGGAAUAUUCCAAAUUCUGAUGUUGAUGCAUAUGAUUCCUAUGAUUCAAAUGUUUUAUGCAAAGUGUUAGAAGGUCAUACAGAUGCUAUUUGGCAAUUAGUUAUAUCCGGUCAAAAAUUAUUAUCAUGUUCAUCGGAUGGAUCUAUUCGAUUAUGGGAUCCAAAUUUAAUUCAACCAUUACAAUCAAUAUUUCAUAAUGAUGAUAUUCCAAUAUCUAUUGAUUGGUUAAUGCAAGAUACAAAUCAAUUUGUUGCAACAUAUGAUUCUUUAAAAACAAUUCUUUAUGAUACUGAAACAGGAAAAGUUGUAUCACAAUUUGGUAAUGAUAAUUCAACAUUAGAUCCAAGUUAUCGAAUUAAUAAAAUUAUGAGUCAUCCAUCACAACCAAUUAUAAUAACAGCACAUGAAGAUAGAAAAAUACGAUAUUUUGAUAGUAAUUCCGGACGUAUAAUACAUUCAAUGGUAGCUCAUCUUGAUACGGUUACUUCAUUAGCAAUUGAUCCACAACAAACAUGCCUUCUUUCUGGCAGUCAUGAUCGUUCAAUACGUUUAUGGAAUUUGGAAACAAAAAAUUGUAUACAAGAGUUAACAGCUCAUCAAAAGAAAGAUGAUGAAUCUAUACAUGACGUUGCAUUUCAUUUAUCAAAACCUUAUAUGGCUAGUGUUGGAGCUGAUUCAAUAGCGAAAAUUUAUGCUUAA